AUGGAAUUCAUGUGGCUGUACUCCCUGUGCCAGUGCAUCCUCUUUGUCUCUGUAAUUGUAGUGAGUGUGAGGUUGUGUAUGGCCGUCAGUGGUGGCGGUACCGUGGCUGGGGUCCAGGAGGGAACCCAGGGUGCCACACAUCAGUCUGGCAGCAUCUCAUUCUGUCUUCGACUGUGCCUGGGCUGGGUAGGGGCUGCUGGGGGUGCAGUGGAAGUACCCGUGAACGUGUUACUGAACCUCCGAUCACCUCAGUGCCUGUACACCUGUAUAACCCUGGUGUGUUGCCCCCUCCUGGUCAGACAGUUUACUAUGUUCUUGUUAAUGCUACUCGUACUGGAUUCCCACCUGCAGCAUCAUUUGGCAGACAGGUACUCCUCGGUGGUAACCCGCCAGCGGGCACUGUGUGUGGUUCUGCUUUGCUGGGUUGGUUCCGUUCUGUCGUCCUUUGCUGAAUUCAUUGGCUCGGAUCUCCUCCACACCUGGAGAAGUAGUGAGACUGGCCUGGAUCCGGGGACAGCUGGUCUUGCUGACUUGGGUGGUAACUGGACAACCUCUAUACCUCGUCCUGCUCCUUCUUCUUUCCCCAAAUAUUAUCAGGACCUCAAAGUUAUUGGAAAGUACCUGCCUUAUGGAGGCUUCCUGUCCAAGUUUUAUGUGGAGGACAUGCACAAUUUCACUUAUGCUGAGAUCCACAGCAGCCACUGGGGAGUGUGUGCCCAUGACACCAUUCUCAGCCCCCAGUUCUUAGUCUAUGUCUAUGGUUCCACUGUGUUCAUACUCCCGUUACUUUGUCUGUUGGUUAUUUAUCUUGACCUGUUAUGCAUGAAGCCCAGGGAAACUCCAUUUACACAUGCAGACCCCUCUAAACAUGACUCACGCUGGCUCCGUUCCUUGGCUUUAUCCAUCUCCCUUUUAGUUCUGUUGUGUUUGCCUAUUCACAUCAUCCAUGCUCUUUUUCUUUUCACCCCUAGUACCAACGUUCCUGCCUGGGUUCAUAGAGUUGCUGUGUUCCUCUUUCAACUAUACAGUCUUGUACCCCCACUUCUCUUCACUCCACCUAAGAAAACAGCAGGGGUUGGUCAGGCAUCUUUCCCUCACUCUGUUGCCCAUCUCCCACCUUGGUCUUCAGCCAAACAUUCCCUUAAAGCCAAAGUGUGUCCAGAAGUCUGA